ACAUGUGACGUCUCGUGAGUUUUCAUUACGAAACAAACAUGCUAUAAAAUGAGUUUUCUAUGGAAUUCUCCAGCGCAGGCCGUGCGGCGGGCGGCCCUACGAGUUCGCAACUAGUAAAUAUUCAAUAUGAUAACAGAACGUUUCGUGUGAAUAACUAAGAAAGCAAAGAUGGCGCUAGCACGUGACGCUACCGACAUGCUAAUGGGCGGUACGUCCGCCAUGUUUGCUACCAUCUUCACCAACCCCAUAGAGGUUGUGAAAACCCGACUUCAACUCCAAGGGGAGUUGAAAGCUAAAGGACAUGAAAUACACUACAAAAGUGUGCCUCAUGGGCUGUUUGUUAUUGCGAAAAACGAGGGUUUUGGAUCGCUACAGAGAGGUUUAAGCGCGAUGCUUGGAUUCCAGUUUUUCCUUAAUACUUUUAGAUUAGGAGUGUUCCGGAUAUGCGAACGCCGUCGCCUUACUACAGAUAACACAGGGCGAACGUCAAUUCUCAAGGGCGCCGCGGCGGCUGGCGUCGGUGGCGCAUUAGGAUCCAUCGCUGGCACGCCGUUCUUUUUAGUCAAGACUCGGUUACAAGCACAGGCUGCACAGACGAUCUCCGUGGGCCAUCAGCACCAGCAUACCGGAACCUUUGAAGCACUACGCGAUAUUUAUGCUAAGGAAGGCUUUAAAGGUUUAUUCCGCGGCGUGCAACCCCAAAUCCCCCGCGGUGCGGUUGGCAGCGCUUCCCAAAUGGUGUCAUUCUCUUACGCUAAAGAAUGGCUAGUGGCUCACGGGUGGAUGACCAACUCACCCAUACUGCUGUCGUUUGCUGGAGCUAAUCUGGGAGGGCUCGUCAUGACAGCGUGCCUCAAUCCAUUCGAUGUUGUUGCUACCCGACUUUCUAAUCAACCUGUAGACGCAAACAAUCGCGGCAAGCUAUACUCCGGUAUGAUCGACUGCUUCUACAAGAUGGUGCGUUCAGAAGGCGUCAGCUCGCUGUACAAAGGCACGGGGGCUAACUACAUGAGGCUAGGGCCGCAUACUGUUCUCCUAUUAGUGUGUUGGGAUCAGCUGAAGAUUUUGGAAGAUUAUUUGAGGAGGUAGCCAAGUUCAGCAAUCUAUAUCGCGGGUUGUCACAUUUUGACCUUUAUCGGGACAAGUUCAGUGGCUUAUUUCACAGCAGUGACACUUUGCCGUUCAUUGCCUGAUACUUAUCAAACCAGAAGAAAUAGGCGCAGAAUUGUCAAUGGCACUAUGGUUAAACAGCCCACAGACUGCCCAGCGGUCAAAAGUACAGUCAACCAAUUGGAACCCUAGGCCACUGUAGAACUAUGUCAGAGUGACGUUAUAAAUCAGAUUGUAAGAAAUACCUUACUUCUUGUCAUUUUGACAUGGUUGUAGAGUGGCUUGACUUGAAUUGGUUGACUGUACCUUAGGGACUUGUUGGUAUAGUAAGUAGUUUUGAGAAUUAUUAAAAUAUAUAGCUACUUGUGAUCAUUAAUUCUUAGAGUCGUCUUAUUAUAUAUACACGGGUUUUAUACAUUCAUCAGGGUUUUAGAUUUUAAGAGAUUUUAUUUUUAUCAAACAAAAUAACUAAUCAUACCUA